AUGGAGUCGCAUAGAACAAGCCGCUGCGGCGGAAGAAGCAAUGCGCUCGCCGCCGCCCUUCAAUGCGUCCCCUGCCUCCUCUCACUCCGGCGCCGCGAGCCACCUCACCGUCCGGAUCCCCUUGAUCUGGACAUGUCUCUGCUACAUCCCUACAAACACGUCAUCGCCCAGGCCCAGUCUCAUACCGGCAAGACAUCCAGGAUCUCCCUCUCCGUCUACCAGGUCAUCGAUACCAACAUCCACGAGGUGCAGACGAUGAUACUAUCGCCAACUAGGGAGCUUGCAGCGCAAACAGAGAGGGUCAUGCAGGCUCUUGGUAGCUUCAUGAGCGUCUAUGUGCACGCGUGUGUUGGUGGCAAGAGUAUCGGCGAGGAUAUUAGGAAGCUCGAGUCUGGAGUGCAUGUCAUGUCGGGAACCCUGGUCCGAGUAUGUGAUAUGAUCAAGAGAAGGACCUUGCGCACACGAGCCAUCAAGCUCCUAGUCCUCGACGAAGCCGAUGAGAUGUUGAGCAGAGGUUUCAAGGAUCAGAUAUAUGAUGUCUACAGAUAUCUUCCCCCAGAACUUCAGGUCCCUCUUUGAACUAUUCUUUUGUGUAGUUUAUCAGUCUAUCCUGUCA